AUGGAGAAGUAUACAGUGAGUAGUGACUCCAGCGAUGAGGAACAAAGAUAUUCAUCUUCAUCUAAAGAAUGGUCCAAAUCAUCUGACCAUGCUGAUGAAAUUGUUGAAGUCAAUGGGUUUCAGGUUCUUGAUUCUCAGUUAACCCAAGUAAUGGCAAUAUUUGAAAAACAUCCAGACAUGGCAUCAGAUUUCAAUUUAGAGAAUCAACAGCUUAGAAAUGCAUACAUGGGUGUUCUUCUCAACUUAAUUAUAACACUGUGCCAGCCUCCUACGGAUCUCACAAUGGACGAUCUAAACAAAGCAGACCGUACGAUUUUGGAUCUAACAAAAGCAGGCUUAAAGUUGCAUUGGUUGCGUCAGAAACUGGACGAAGCUUUCCAGAAGGAGGAGAAACAGCGGGAGAUUAAGGCACAAAUCAGAUCACUUGAAGAGAAAGUCAAGAAGCGGAAGCUGUCUUUGUCAGAUAUAGAAUCUGAUCUGAAGAAACAGAAACCUGCAGCUUUGGCUGCUGAAACUCCAUUUGAUUUCAGCGAUAUUGUUUGA